AUGUCUGAUGAAGUGGAGAAGGAGAAGGAGGACGAAGACUCAGCCGUGCAAAUUCAUUUUGAAGUCGAAAUUGAUGUUCGAAGUCAAAAUCAAAGUCUUCCAAAAGCGGGUAGUGUACGUCCAAAUAGGGCAGAAACCACUUCGUUCACAAUGAAGGCAGCUCUCAACAUGCUCUCCGGAAAAUCGAAGUUCAGUGCAUCGGAUGUCUCUAACCUGCAAGGCAGAACGGCCGUAAUCACUGGCGGGACAGAUGGCAUCGGCUUUGAAGUCGCUCGGGCUCUUGCCCUCGCUCAAGCUCGGGUCAUUCUCCUCUCCCGCGAAGGAGAACAGUGCGAGGAUGCCAUAUCCAAGAUCAAAAAGGCACAGCUCAAAGAGACAGGACCGCUCGCCGACGUGACUUUCAUCGAGUGCGAUCUCGGCAACUUGCAGCAUGUCAAGAAAGUCGGAGACCAGAUCAGGGAGCAGGAACCCCGACUCGACCUCCUCAUCUGUGUUGCGGGCAUCGGCGUGAACAAGUCCGACGUCUCCGCCGAGGGCCUCGACUGUCACUUCAUGGUGAACCACCUCGGGCACUUCCUCCUCACCAAUCGCCUGCUGCCGCUCAUCCGGCGCACCGCAGCCCGCGACGAGUCGUCCAUGCCGCGCAUCAUCUGUGUCUCCUCGUCUUUACACGCAGCCGCGCCCUCUUCGGUCCGCUUUGCGUCACGCGAGGAACUCACGCGCGGAUCGGACGUCGACUCGGGGGAGCUCGACCCGACAGGACUAUAUGCGCGCAGUAAGCUUGCAAACAUUCUCUUCGUCAAGUAUGGGCUGGUGGAACGUGUCCUGGGCCCUGCGGGCGACCGCGUCCUCGCGCUCACCACGCAUCCCGGGGCGGUACACACGGGGAAGCAGGACCAGUUCAAGGACGCGUACGGCUCGCUGUUCGAGAACCUGAUGAAGCACACGACGAUCCCGUUGAUGCGUAGCCCAGAGCAGGGCAGCGCGAGCACUCUGUGGGCGGCGACGAGCGAGGGGGUGGAGCGGGAUGCGAAGAAGUGGCAGGGAAAACACAUUACCGAUCCCGAGGUCGCUGGGCAGGAGAGCGCCAUGGCGUGCGAUAAGGAACUGGGAGGAAGGUUGUGGAACCUCAGUGAGGAUCUCGUCAAAGAGAAAUUGGGCGAUGACAGUCUGUUAUCCUGGGAAGAAGGGAACGUUAUGUAG